AUGCAGCGCGACUUGGAGUACUUCCGUGACCUGCACCAUCAAACUUCCCGGCCGCGCAAUGCAGCGCUCGAAAAGGACACGUCUGCAUCCGUUAGUCGUGGCGGUCCAGCCGGGAGAGGUCGCGGACGCGCACUCAAGCCAUUUCGGGGAAGAGGGCGCCGGGGCGUCAUGCUCGCGGCUGAAGACGCACACGAGGGCCACCUCUCAGCACUUCCACCCAUAAACUCAUACGGGAGGCAGGCGGUAUCUUCUUCAAUGCUCCAUGCGGAUCGCGGAUUUCAAUAUGCUGACGGCGCUCCGAUAUUGCCCGCAAAGCGGAGGCGUACGGGAAUGACGGAUAUGCUUUACGGGGAUGAUUUCCCAUCAGAGGACGAGUCGGCUGGUCCUCUGACGCGCAAACAAUCUGCAGGGAGCCAUGAUGCAGCGGCUCAAAGCCCGGCUAGCGACGAAGAUGAGCAGUUUAUCUCGGGCGAGGAAACGUUGUCGCCGUAUGACUUCUCGCAGGGAUUGACAUUUGAGGAAGAAAGAGCCGACGACAUCAAAAAUCCUUCGUCCCGUUUGGCCACGUACACGCAUGAAGAGUUACGCGGGCCGGCGACUGCGUUUGGACUUCCUGCGUUUCCGCAUCGUAGCAAACCGCAAGAAGCAAACGUCAUGCCGAUACCCAACGGUCCACCAAUUACAGCAUCGGGCCCGGUGCGUAGAAUGCUUAAGUAUCAGAGAGAGUCCAAUGUCAUCCCGUACCAGACCCACGUGGAUUACAUCCGCGAAUUUGCCGCCACUGCACUUGCGCCCAUCAGAGCGUACGCUAUCCUGGAGAGAGAAGUGCCACCGCCGCCUCUGUGCGAAAUUUGUCAAGAAGGCGGAGAACGCGCUCCGACAUGGCGGUGCGAUUGCUGCGACGAGCAGCGCUAUCUCUGCAAGCGCUGCAUGGCUAGCGCGCAUUUCAAACUACCUUAUCACCGUGUGAAAUGGUAUAAUGGUCGCUUCUACGAGGACGCCUGGUUACGGGACUCGGGCGUUUACAUCGCGCUCUGCCCCCGGCGUUUAGGAGGGUCUUGUCCGACAGCGCCGCAUAGGCCGGAAGUGCCGGACGGCUUCUGGUCCGCUCCGCCCCCGCGCUACGUCGCCGCAGACGUAUCUCCAAUUUCUCCUGACGGAUCCGAUCGCGACGCUUUUGAACCCGACUCCGGCGCACAUCCCGCCGAUCCACCCGAUCCGCGCUUUGGCUCCGAGCCUCUCGAUGAAGGGGAAGUCGAAAGCGGCGCGGCGCCCCUCGACGACUACACCGAGCCGUGGACCCGCAGACCGGCGUCGGUUCCUCCCGUUCGUCCCUGUCAUUCACGGGAGGCAGAAUACGAUCCGCGGGGUCUUCGAGCGCUUACCAUCUGUCACGACAACGGCAUUCACGCAAUCGGAGUUCAAUUCUGCGCUUGUAGUGGGGCGGCCGCGCGUGAUCUCCAGCUUAUCGCGAAAGGCAUCUACCCCGCCAGUAGGAAAGAUCCAUCUACUGGAUUCACCUUCCGCUGUCUCGACAGAUUCCUCAUCGACAAUCUUGAAAGUGACACUGCUGCAGAAUCUUUUGCUCGCAAGCUACAGAGGCUCAGCAUUCCUGACAACCCAGACCUAGCGCCGAAUCGAUAUCCAGAGCUGAUUCGCUGCGGACGUGAAUAUCGCGCAAUCGUGCAGCUCAUCGAGCACGGUUUUUCUCAUCAAGACCUUACUAACUGGCAACCUCCCGGGCAAGGUGACUUAAUAUACAAAUGCGUUAUUUGUCCCAGCCCAGAAGAGAACAUGCGCAAUGGUUGGGAGACCAAGGACAAUAGCUGGGCGCACUUUUACUCGUUCAACAUCGACGGGAACUUUGAGGGGCAACACACCACUUCUCGAGUACCGGAAAACAAUCAACCGCUGUAUCCGGGAACUGGCGCCUUCAAUCAUCCGGAUGAAGCCGCCUACGCCCUGAGACAAGGGCGCGACGAUCACAGUCUGUCACAAGCCCAGAAAGAUCGUGUCGGUCACAUCCCGUGUCAUAAUCAUCAGGCUGCAAGCAACUUAGGCAAGUCGCGCAACCCAACUACAGAUAUCAAAGGAAUAGGAGCCAUUGUGUGUGCGAGACAUGGCUGCUUUGUCCCUGGCGCGCUCAAUAACUUUUCAUUGGGUGAAACCCAGAUUCCUGUUGACUACAGCCUUAAUAACGCUUUUAGGGUUUGCGAUUUCAGCAAAAUCAGGCGACUUCAAAUUCUCUACGACAUAAACUGCCAGUACUCGGUGCAUUUGGAGGAACGGUUUAAGGCCGCUGGAUAUUCGUGGCCGCAUUUACAGCAUCUCCUACUCGGAGUCGGCGUAUGGCAUAUCUACGGCCACAUCUUGGAGUGUUUUAGCAGGUUUUCUCCGCUCUACGCGUACCGCUGCGGCGUCGUCGACGGUGAAAUCGUGGAGACGCUUUGGAGUGUCUUGAACGAGAUUCUCGGAUCUUGUCGCGGCAUGUCACUGGCCCAUCGCGAGGAAGUCAUCAAUUUCAAAGUUCGGGACAUGAACUGGAAGAAGAUAGGGAAGGCAGGCGAGUCAUUCGCCUUUCUCGUUCCAGAGCCGAAAGUGACCAAGCGCACCGCCUAUCUGAACAAGAUCAGCGAGAGUUGUGCCGAAGAUGACCUACGGAAGUGGGACGAUCUGCGCAAGGAGUUGGAGGACCGGCGUUCCCGCCCGAUGCCCGCGGACGACCGCCGCGCGGACCGACAGGACGACCGAGGUCCGCGCUUUGCCGAUGGCCGUUUAGACACCGUAGAAGAAGAGCCGAGUCUUGCAGGAGCGGAGGCGGAGCUGCUCGAAGAUGAGGCUCUCGCAGACGACGGGGCUCAAUUAGUCCGUCCCAUAGUUGCCGCAAUGAAGUUGCAGGCAGAGCAGAUUCAACUCCAGAUCGCCGCUCGAGAGCCGGCCGGCACCGAAGAGCUGCGGCUAGAACGGGAGAAGUGGCGAGCCCGUCUGGCGAGCAGCAUCGGUCGCAGUAACUCCGCUAUGGCUCGACUACUAGACGAUGAGGGCGGAUCGAACGCCACAUUCUCUGGAGAGACGCCUCUCGCCGCGGCUGUGCUAGACGCGGAUAUGUGGCCGGAGACUACGAUGUCAGGCCCAUCCACGCGGGGGACGCGGCCACGUUCGGAGUAUCGAGCGGUCGACCUCCCUUCCACGCGUUGGGACGGACCCUCCCACUAUCACGAACUUGACGCCGUCAGGCAGAGGGCCAUUCGUGUCGAACGUCGUCUCCGAGAAGUGGAGGCUCGCGUGCGACUGUUCAAGCUGCGGACCGCGAGUUGA